AUGGCCUUCAGCCCCUGGCAGAUCCUGUCCCCCGUGCAGUGGGCCCGCUGGACGUGGUCGGCCGUGCGCGGCGGGGGCGCGGCGGGCGACGAGAGCGCCGGGCCCGAGGGCGAGCCCGAGGAGGAGGACUCGCAAGCCGAGACCAAGUCCUUGAGCUUCAGCUCGGAUUCUGAAGGUAAUUUUGAAACCCCUGAAGUGGAAACUCCCAUCAGAUCACUUCCCGAAGAAUCCUGUAAUCCAGUUUUGGGAUUGACAGCACCUGGGGCCAGAACCCAAGAAUCACAAGAAGCCGAUGAACAACUUGUAGCACAAGUGGUUGAAAAAUGUUCAUCAGGGGAUUGUUCUGGGCUCUUAGAAAAUGAGGUAUCACAGCAGGCUGUCAGGUCUUGCUCAGUCAAGGGUUUUAAAGAAGAACCUGAACCUGAAGUCAGCAAGAUUUCCAUAGUGAGGCCGUUUUCAAUAGAAACCAAGAAUUCUGCGACUGCCCCACCAACCCUUGGAGCAAAUACAGCUUAUGGCUGUGAAAGUUCAGACUCAGGUGAAGUGUUGCCCUCCGGCCCGCAGGAAACUAUCCAAGACAAGGCAAUGACAGAAGGCAGCAUGGGGGUCAUGCUGGAAGCAUCUGCGGAAGCUGAUCUGAAGGCUGACAUCAGCCCGGAACCUGUGACCUGCAGGAGUAAGCUCAGAAAACCCAAACCUGUCUCUCUGAGGAAGAAAGCCUUUGCUUGUGAGUUAUCAGCAUCGGAUGUUCCUCUGGCCUCCUGUCAGUUCAGUGCAGAAGUAGAUGGGAGCGUAAAGCCUUUGCUGGAAGGUUCCAGGCUCCAGAAAUCGCCUGCCGACUUGGAGGAAACAUUUAAGGCUCCCAGUAGCAACACCAGUGAUUCAGGAGUGGGGCUGGAAUCAAGUGGGGAGGAAUCAAGGAGUUCGCCUCUCAAACUUGAGUUUGAUCUCACAGAAGACGGGGAAACUGUCGAAUCCAGAAAUGCCCUUCCGAGGAAACUUGGCAGGAAGCUGGGUGGCAAGCAGACCCCCAAGAUCCAGAAAGAUGGCACCAGAGGUACAGAGCAGCCUCCGGCCCUGGCCUUAGAAGACUCCCCUCUCUCCCCAGCACCUUCCAAGCCGGACCCCAGCCAGUGGGAGCAUGCCCCCGGCGGGACCUCGGCAGGACAGUCUACGCUGCAGAACUCCCCGCCCCUCUCCUCCAAAGGGUCCUACCACUUUGACCCAGACAACUUUGAGUCCAUGGAUCCCUUUAAACCAGCCACAGCUUUUCCCAGCAGUGACUUUUGCUCUCCUGCCGCUAAUCAUGUUAAUGAAAUCUUAGAGUCACCCAAGAAGGCCAAGUCGCGUUUAAUAACGACUACUGAACAAGUGAAAUUUCUCUGUUUUCUGUUGAGUGGCUGUAAGGUGAAGAAGUAUGAAACUCAGGCUCAUUUGGAUGAAUGCUCUCAGGAUGAAGAAGGCGCAGUCUUCCAGACUUCAGACAUUUCUAAUAGAGAUGGCCAUGCCACUGAUGAGGAGAAACUGGCGUCCACUUCUUCUGGUCAGAAAUCAACCGGGCCCGAGGUGAAAGGCGCUGAGAAAGAGACCAGCCAGACGACGGGAAAGGAUGACCCGGCCUUGCCUGGACUGCCCGAUUCCCUGGAGAAGGCCCCCGUGUCCGUGGCCUGUGGAGGGGAGAGCCCUUUGGAUGGCAUCUGCCUCAGCGAGUCAGAUAAGACCGCCGUGCUCACCCUGAUAAGAGAGGAGAUAAUCACUAAGGAAAUCGAAGCAAAUGAAUGGAAGAAAAAAUAUGAAGAAACCCGCCAGGAAGUCUUGGAGAUGAGGAAAAUUGUGGCUGAAUAUGAAAAAACCAUUGCCCAAAUGAUUGAAGAUGAGCAGAGGACAAAUAUGACCUCCCAGAAGAGCUUCCAGCAGCUGACCAUGGAGAAGGAGCAAGCCCUGGCUGACCUGAACUCCGUGGAAAGGUCACUUUCUGAUCUCUUCAGGAGAUACGAGAACCUGAAAGGUGUUCUGGAAGGCUUCAAGAAGAAUGAAGAAGCCUUGAAAAAAUGUGCUCAGGAUUACUUAGCCAGAGUUAAGCAAGAGGAGCAGCGGUACCAAGCCCUGAAAAUCCAUGCGGAAGAGAAACUUGACAAAGCCAACGAAGAGAUUGCGCAGGUUCGAACCAAAGCGAAGGCUGAGAGCGCAGCGCUUCAUGCCGGGCUACGGAGAGAGCAGAUGAAGGUGGAGUCGCUGGAGAGGGCCCUGCAGCAGAAGAACCAAGAAAUUGAAGAAUUGACGAAGAUCUGUGAUGAGCUGAUUGCAAAGCUGGGAAAGACAGACUGAGUCUUCCCCGUUGGCUUGGCAGAUCUGCGUUUGGCUGCUUCUCAUGACCACAGUUAUCUUGCCUUAUUCAGGAAUAAUUGCCCCUUUGCAGAGAAAAAGAAAAAGAAAAAAAAAAAAGCAAACCCGCACGGGGAGGGGGGAAAAAGCACAUGGCCACUGCUGCCUGUCCUGCUUUGCAGCCAGUGACACAGCCUGGGAAGGACCGGCAGUGUGUAAGGUCACCUAAGGAGGGCAGCCCAGCCUUGCGCCUCCAUUCCCCUCCGUGGCCCAGCUCAGCAGCUGCUGAGAUGUGGUCCCUGGUUUCUCUGGCUUCAGUCUGUUUUAAGGCCAUCCUUACAUUUCAGACUGCGUUAUUUUUGUGAUUUUUGUCAGUACUGUUUGGGGAUCAUCUUUGAUUUCUUAGUGACCUGUUUAUUUCAUCUUUCAGUUUACUUAGUUAGCUUUGGAGUUUGGGACCACACCCGGUAGCACUUGGGGUUCCUCGUGGCCCUGGGCUCAGGUCACUCCCAGAGAUGCUCAGCGGGGGGUUGUAUGGUCCCCAGGCAUCAAGGCCAGCCUCCUGCAUGUGGAGCCUGUGCGGCACUCUUUUAGCCUCUCUCUGACUCUUCCAUUUCAUCCUUUAAAUGUAACUUUUCACAGUAGUGGUUUAAUUUGAGAUCAUUUGACUUCUUGGCACUUCCGGUUAACGAACAAGAGAGAACUCUCCCAGUGCGCAUUUGCAUACACGUACCUCUGCUGUGCUGCAUAUUUCCCCGAAGCAUAAUCAAAUAAGAACUUCUUUACAGAAGAGUGUAGUUCUGUAAAUUUAGUAGGAUCCUAUUUCAGAAUUGGGAGGGAGGGAUUGACAGUGAUUGGGAAGACCCCCAGGUUUGUGUCUCAUUACUGGAACCGCAGACUCAGGUCUUACACCUAGGGAAGACUUUCUUCCUCUUUUUCUUGUUGCCCUGUUUGGAAACUUCUCAACCUUGGGAGUGUAGCCACGCUGGAGUGUGUUCCCCAGGCCCUGUCCUCUUUUCACACAAGCCCCAUCAGACUCCCUCCAGAGUUGGGGUUUGGCAAGUCUCCUGGAAAUAGUGGUCUCCUCUGUCUCCAUUGGUUGCAACAGAACCAACAUUUACUCUUUAUUAACCUCCUAAUUUAAAUAUGCAAAGAAAAUCGACUUGUCAAAGGUAUAGAUGAUCUUAUUUCCAUAGAGCAUUUAACUCCCAGAGCAAUUAGAAGGUGAAGGAACAGUUGGUAUUUUAUUUGUAUGAUGCAUUAUUCUUUAGAUGUUUCUUCGUAAGGGCAGGAAAAACCUCUCAAACUUAAGCUAAUAGAAUUUUAGCAAAAUGGGCAGUAAAAGUCACGUGGACCACUCCAAAACAGCGCAGUUUGCAUACUCUGAAAGACCAUGUGAGGACUGCAGGAGGGGUGUGUACACAAGCCACGUUCCUUACCCUCUCACUGGAUGUGGGUCAGAGUGCUGGUGUACAUUAAGCCCAGGACAGAGUAAUUUCUGUGUAAUUCCAGUGAAUUUCCUUCCAUUUGAUAGGUACAACCAAAUCCAUGCAGAUGUUUUUAAUCACUCUUUUGUCUUAAUCUACACCCUGAAAGUCUUCAUGGUGACAUGCACUAUGUGUAGUACACAGAACUUUUUGUCUUUUUCUUGUAAAACUAUUGCAUGAUCCAACUUCAGCAAUGAAUUGUGCCUAGUAGAGAACCUUAUAGAUCUUUAAAAAUGAAUUUUUUUUAGCAGUGUACUAUUCACGUGGGUGCAAUCUUUAGCCUAGGGAGAUCAAUAAUGUCUCUUAAAGCCAGAAAUUGCAUUUUACCAGUAUGUAUUUCUCAUAAUUGGUGCUUAGGCUCUAUUUUAUAAAAGCCUUUUGUCUUAACAUUUUGUACAAAAAGAGAAGGGUAAAAACGAUCUAUAAUUGGAGGAGUGACUGGACAAUCAUUUGGGCUUUGAGAGAGUUGCUGUACUAAAGUGAGAGCUGUGAGGCAUUGAGAGAAAAGGGGGCCUAGGGCCGUGGCAGAUUCCUUCCUUCAGCCCUCUCCUACUAAGAAAAUUGAGUUUGCAGAUAGACACGCUGCUGAACCUUCGCGCUGCUGUGUUUGGUUGCAUAGCCAUAUUUACUUCAUUUAUUCUGUGUUGAGCAUGAGAAACUUAUAGUGAGCUCCAUUCUAAAUCUGUACUUCUUUUUAAAACCUUCCUGCGUAUUUAAAAAAAAAAUUAGCUAUAUGUUGAAAUAGAGGUGACAGCAGUCCUUUCCUAGCACACAGGCUGAAGGUAGAGCAGACCUUUUAGACCCUAGUGAAGUAGCUGCUGUAUGAAGAUCACAGAAGGGUCCUUGCCAGCCUGACCAUCCCAAGGGCAUGCUCUUCAUGCUGACUUCAUAGACGGAUAUUCUCCAGCAAGGGCCAGGGAGCUGCCUCAGAGGGCACAUGCUGUGCGUGCAGGUGGCCUGGGUUUGACCCUGACAUCCCAUAGCCCCUGGACAUUGCCAAGAGCAACCCUUGCAGAGUGGGACAUAAAUCCCAGGCACCCCCAGGCAUAGUCCCCAAACCGAAACAAAUUUUUAAAAAGAAUGAAAAUGGGGCCAGAGAGAGAGAGAGAGAGCAGGCAAGGCUCUGGCCUUUUAUGUGGCCAAGCCUGAUUCCAGCCCUGGCACUGCAUACAUACGGACCCUGGGGUGGUCCAGAAACCAAAGUGGGAAAACAAAUGUAGCUAAUAGCACCAGCAAAUCAAGCAAAUCUGAGGGACCAGGGAGUCUUCAGAGGCGUAUCACUGCGUGUGGCAGCCCCAGCUCUGAUCUCCCGCACCACCCGAUGCUAUAAGCCACAUGCCGGGAGUAGCCCCUGAGCACCACAAAGGGUGCUCCCUCCCUCCCCACAAAUUAAAAAAAAAAAAACAGCAAAAAACAUACUGGGCAGAGUAGAAUAUGUUUACUUUUCUUUAAAAACGGGGCCAGAGAGAUAAUAUUCAGCUAAGGCACUUGCCUUGCACUCAGCCAACCUGAGUUUGAUUCCUGGCAUCCCAUAUGGUCUCCCGAGUACCGCCAGGAGUAAGCCUGAGCACUGCCGGGUGUGACCCCCAAAUCAAAAACAUCAUUUGAAAAGCUGUUUUAGAACUCUGCCUAGUGGGGAGGUGAGGUACUUGCCUGGCAUAAGGCCAGCCCCGGUUCCAUCCCUGGCACCAAUGCCAGCAUAUGGUCCCACAGGCACUGCCUGGGUUCAUCCUUAGAUCAGGGUGAGGAAUAGUUCCUGAGUACUACCAAGUGUGGCCCCCAACCCCCCGCCCCCCCCAAAAAAAGAAUUCUGCUUCCAAUUUUGCACCAAAACAUAAAGACCAAAAUUACUAUUGGUAACAAAAUAAUAAGCCUGGGGGUUGGAGACCUAGUACAAGGGAUAAGGCCCAAGCCUUGCACAUAACUGACCCUAGUUUGAUCCCCAGCGCUGCUUUUAGUCGUCUAAGCACUGCUGGGAGGGAUCCCUGAGUCCAGAGCCAAGAGUCAGCCUGAGCACUGCCAAGUGCAGCCAGAAUAAAUAAAUAAUAAGUCUUGUCACCGGGCUGAAAGGGGCAGUGGAAGCAAACUUCUGGGUAAGCAGCUUGAGGAGUGUGAGGUGACCUUGCUGAGUCUGGAUCCAGAGGCACUUCAGGAUCUGACUGCCAGGAUGUAGGCUGGCAGUUUAAUUGGAGGGCUUAAUGUCAGACAGACCAGUUUAUCACCCCGUUGGCCCGUCACUUCUAGUCAGAGCUCCCAGCAGUGACUUUAUUUGGAGAAUCUCCUGGAAGUCAGUGAGCUGCCCAAUCCUUGGUUCUGUGAAAUUGUACUGGAAGUAACGAGAAGCCGCCACUCUGUGCUUCCAGCUCCUCAGACCCAGCCCAAAUUAGGCAGUGAAGCACAUGAUGGUGAGAACGGGGUUUGGCAGCCUUUCGAAUUGAUAGCGGCUAAGGGAAGAUGUACAUUUCAUUUUGGAGGAUAACUCCAGCUGAAUUUCCUUUCCAGUCUAAUUCCUUUUCUACCUGCCCCAUUUUGGUGUAACUCAAUUGGGUACUUCAGUGGUUAGCAGCCUCCAUUUAGUACCUGCUGGUUACAAAUGCCCCAGAUGUUCUCAACUUGACAAAACCAGCCCGAGGAAAGCCCUCCUCCUAAACAAAUACUACAUAGGGCUUAGUGGUAGCUCUCAAACUCGAAGUUAGAGUUUUGAAAAACAGGCUUUGAUGAAUCAUACAUACACUAUUGGACAUAAUUCAGUGCAUCUUUUCUCAAUAGAGUAAAAGUUCACUUUUUGUUUUCUCUCAGUUUCCCUUGCAAUUACCCGCCUUACGACCGACUUACCCACGAAUGUUGCAUCUUUGUCAUGUUAUGACCCUCUGAACCUGCACACAGACUUGAAGCGGUUUCUUCAUCUCGGGAAGAAACUGGGUAUUGAAAGGUUAAAUGGUUCAGGCAAAGGGUUUCUUGUUUUCAUUUUUUUCUUUAAAUUUUUUUUUUUCCUCUUGGGGCCAGGAAUCCAAUCUAGGGCCUCAGACAUGCAAAAGGGAUUUUAAAUUACAGAUGUAUAUAUACUGAAGAAAUUAAGAGAUAGCAGAUUAUUGUUUUCUUAUUACAGAAUAGAGUCUGGGAAUCCCAGAAUGUCAAGCCAAAGGUCUAAGAUGUCAUCAUCUUCGCCAAUUUUAAUAAAUAUUUUGAGAUUUCUGCCCAAAAAAUGUUUGGCCUCCAGGUUCCAAUGUUGUUUGUUUUGUUUUACUUUUUUCUUAAGCAAAACAAAACAAUAUACCACCAAACCUUGAGUCUCCCAUAUAGUAAAAAUAAAAUAAUAGAUAUAAUAGACAUAUCUCUAUGGCUGGAAGAUAAUAAACUGCAGCUUUUUCGGCAAAGAAUACUCCCUAGUACCCAGAGCUAAGCAUUCUGGAGACUAAAGAUUGCACUUUCGUAGUAUUUUUGUCCAAAUGCAAUCCCAUUUCUGUGCCUCUUAGCAUGCAGUUAGAUUUGGACAAACAAGAUUCCUAAGGAAUGACUAUUAACUAUAAUAUGGUUACGGCUAUUACAAAUAUAAAUAUAUAUAUUCUGGCUAUAGUUCUAACACAGAGGUGUUGUGUGCGAUGCUGGCCUGUGGCAGUCUGAGAAAUGCUUAGACUCCUUUGGAGGGGAGAGACCGGGCAUGGAGCUGAGGUGUGGCUUCAAUAAUCGUCCCUGUACCAAUUCUUCACAUUGAUACGUCAAGGUCCCACUUACUCCCUUCUGCCUUCCAGUGGUACCUGAACUAGAUUCCAAACAGUGUUUCCUGGGCAUGUUGCUAACCGAUAUUCUCUAUUUAGGAAUCAAUUUUUCCAGUGGACACACAAAAAUUCAAACUCUGAAACCAUGCCCCAGUACAGGGACAGUGCCCUGGAGGUUGUGCCACACCCCAGCUUCAACCUGGGGCCUCCUCGUCCAGUGGGUUAGGAUCUAGGCAUUUCUUUGAAAUCUCACACGUAGCCGUGAACUUUUCAGAAGUGUUUGCCAAUAGAUACCAUUUGUACUAAUGUGCCAACCAGUAACUGUUGCUAGCACACCCGCCACUGUGUUCCCACGGGUGCCAUGAAGUGUGUGAGGAGCCUCUUGUCCGGAGGAGUGUCGCUGCAUUGACUACUGCUAUCAGGAUUGUGGUGUGUGGAGAAGUCAUCUACAUAAAUUUUAUAUGCACAGUAAUUUCCCUUUUAUAUGUCAGGUAAAUAUUUGUAAAAGUUAUACUCACACAAAUGAAAUUAUUAUAAUGAUUACUAAUAUAUUUUUUUCCAUAUUUCAUUGCCUGAAUAAAAACUGUUUAUCACUGUUAAA